AUGAAUGAGGUGGAAAACAACAACCACAGUUUUCCUCGUGAAGACAUCCCCACAGAAGACGAGAUUGAAGAAGAGGCCAACAGCAGGCAGGGAAUCCUCCGCUACUUCAGGGUGGCAAGAGCAGAAUACACCAAGUUCGCUCUCUUGGGCCUGAUGUUUGGAAUAAUCGGAUUUAUAUACUCGUUCAUGAGAAUUCUCAAGGACAUGUUUGUGAUGGUCAGGCAGGAGCCCACGACAAUAUUGUUCAUCAAGAUCUUCUACAUCCUUCCAGUCUCAAUGGCCCUGGUCUUCCUCAUACAGUACAUGCUGGGGACAAAAACAGUCUCAAGGAUAUUCUCCAUCUUUUGUGGAGGAUUUGCAUCCCUAUUCUUUCUGUGUGGCGCAGUGUUUCUGAUAGAGGAGCAGGUCUCUCCCUCGAAGUUCCUGUUCAGAGACAUGUUUAUAGACGGAAAAAUGUCCAGCAGAAGCCUCAAUGUCUUCAAGUCGAUGUUUCUGACACUCAACGAGCCCCUCGCAACAAUCGUCUUCAUUUCAGCCGAGAUGUGGGGAAGCCUUGUUCUGUCGUAUCUCUUCCUCAGCUUCCUGAACGAGUCAUGCACGAUUAGACAGUUCUCUAGGUUCAUUCCUCCCCUCAUAAUCAUCACAAACGUGUCGCUUUUCCUCUCGGCAACGGUGGCAGGAGCCUUUUUCAAGCUCCGGGAGAAGUUAGCAUUCCAGCAGAAUCAGGUCCUGCUCUCGGGAAUCUUCAUCUUCCAGGGCUUUCUGGUGGUCUUGGUGAUCUUCUUAAAGAUAUACCUCGAAAGAGUGACAAUGAAGAGGCCCCUGUUCAUCGUCUCCUCGGGGUCAAGGAGAAAGAAGGCCAAGGCCAACGUGUCCUUUUCAGAAGGCCUUGAGAUCAUGUCCCAGUCAAAGCUGCUGCUUGCAAUGUCCCUCAUCGUCCUCUUCUUCAACAUCUCCUACAACAUGGUCGAGUCCACAUUCAAAGUCGGAGUUAAGGUUGCUGCAGAAUACUUCAACGAGGAAAAGGGGAAAUACUCCGGAAAGUUCAACCGGAUCGACCAGUAUAUGACCUCUGUCGUGGUCAUAUGCCUCAACCUGUCACCAUUCUCGAGCUAUGUCGAGACAAGAGGGUUUCUUCUGGUCGGGCUUAUAACGCCUAUUGUGACACUCAUGGCCAUCGUUCUUUUCCUAGGGUCUGCGCUUUACAACACUAGCAUGGAAGAGUCUGGGCUUGGAAUCGUGAACGGGCUGUUUCCAGGUGGAAAGCCCCUGUACGUCCUCGAGAACUACUUCGGCGUAAUCUUCAUGUCGCUUCUGAAGAUCACGAAGUACUCUGCAUUUGACAUCUGCAAAGAAAAGCUUGGGAUGCGGAUCAACCCCACAUACAGAGCAAGGUUCAAGAGCGUGUAUGAUGGGAUCUUUGGGAAGCUUGGGAAGUCCAUAGGAUCGAUAUACGGGCUCCUGAUGUUCGAGGCCUUGGACACGGAAGACCUUAGAAAGGCAACGCCGAUAACAGCAGGGAUUAUCUUUAUCUUCAUUGUCAUGUGGGUAAAAGCGAUAAUCUACCUGUCGAGGUCUUACGAGUCUGCUGUACAGCAUAAUAGAGAUGUUGACAUCGACAUGACCGAAAAGGCAAAGAAAAGCUUGGAGACUCCUGAGGAGCCAAAAGUUGUAGAUUAA